AUGACUUAUGGACACAUCCAUCCCUAUGGUACCAACUUCUACCGAGGAUACAAGCUCGAUAUAGUCGGCAGGAUACGCCGCCUUGCCGAGGCCGGCAUGCUCACUCGACGACCAGCUUGGAUGCAGAGCGCUGAACGAGUCCCUCCUAUGGAGAAUCUCAACAUCAACUUCCAGACUCGUAAAAUCAAAAAUCCAUACCCAAAACUUGUCAAAUUCCUCUUACGGAAGUACCCGGACCUGCGUUUCCAAGACUGCUUCGUAGAGGGUAAUCAAUGGAGCCGUGGCAACGACACCUACAGAGAUGACCAUCCUGUUAUGCAGUUCGUAGCGCGGCAGCUACAGUUGAUGAACACUGGUAUGGACAGAAGGAUGGCCUUCAAACAGUAG